AUGGUUAUCAAAGGUUUCCCGUUUAGGUUCUUUAAGUGGACGAGGUUCUUUAAGCCUGGUUUGGAGUCACCGAUUGUGCCGGUCUGGGUCUCCUUCCCCAACCUGCCGGUCAGUCUGUUUCACGGGAAUUUCUUUCGCUCAGUAGCUGGCGUGGUUGGAAAGGUCUUGAGGGUGGAUGGAGCGACUUCUGGGUACACAAGAACAGUGGUUGCGAGGGCUUGCGUAGAGGUUGAUCUUCUUUUCGAUCUUCCCGACCGGAUUUGGAUUGGGUGCAGAUCUUCUGGUCUUUUUCAGAAAGUGGUGUUUGAGCGAUUACCCUCCUUCUGUGUGGAAUGCUGCAAGUUGGGGCAUGUGAGGGAGAAUUGUCGUAAAAGGCCUGGUGUAGACACGGUUUUGCCCAAGAAAUCUGAAGCUAAAGGGAAGGAUUUGCCUUGUAACCCCGUGAAUGAUGGAGAAGCUUUAAGCUGUGAGGGUGGUGUGAAUGUUUUUGACGAUCCUGGGGAGGAGGUGGUUACUCCUUGUGUCAACAAAGGAAAAGAACCCUAG